AUGAACCACCAACCAGACAAAGUUCUCAACGCUGUGGCCUCCAUGCAAACCGAGGCGGAGGCCUUUUCGGUCAGACUGCAACAGCUCAAAGAAGACCGUGAUCACCCUGCGCGUUUGGCGAACAUCACGAUGCUGGACGAGGCUAUUGCUACAGAUAAGAAGGAGGAAGACGGGAUUCAUGCCUAUAUCGCCCUCCACUUCCCGCAACACCUGACUCGCACAACCUUGGCUGGUCCCAGCAAGCAUGCGCUCGAACCUGAUGGAGAGGAGGAGGCUGAAACGGCUGCUCGCCCAACGAAGAAGAAGAAAUUCGGCAAGGUUGUCGUUGUUCCAUCGACUAUGAUGCGGCGGUCCUCUCGCUCGAAAAGUCGUUAUACUGGCGCGUAG